AUGCCACAACAGUUCCCCCAACAAUUUUCUAAUGAUUUUAGGAGUUCAGCGGUGGGUACACCUCAGAGCGUCCAUAUGCCUACUGAACCACUACUUAGUACCCGUAGUAGUUGUCAUUCAGUUGAUUCAUAUCCAUUUGGCAUGCUUCAGAGUCCAAUUCCAUGUCGUUUAGCCGUAUUAUUUGACAUUGGAGAUUCAACUACGGAGGUUGUUGCAAGCGGGACACUUUAUCCUAGUGGACCUGACACUAUGGUGCAUAGUCAACCAUUACUACCGCUUCAUGUAAAAGUUUCGGUUGAUAUGCUUCUUCCAAGUGCAACAACAACACUUAGCAUACCUGUACCAACAAGUUUUCAUACAACAUUGGCAGAAAUUGUUGGAUCAUUUGCACAAUGGCCUUUACAUUUAGUCAAUAUUGAAGAGGAAGAAAUAAUCAAAAAUUCAGCAAUUAAGAAAAAUAAAGGCAAAAAACAAAGCGAGGAACAAUGUGACAUGUCUGCUACUGGCGCACGACAUCCUUUUAUUGAUGAUGAUGGCUUGCAACCCUUGGGAAAAAGUGGCAAGCGAUUACAUAAUUUGAUAAGAAGAAUGCCUUUAGACUUGGAUUAUUUUGAGUUGGGGUUGGAUUAUGAUAUCUUUCACCAUACAAAUAUGAGUAACAUAUUUGUGAUGAUUGAAGAUAUUAAAGACUUAUUCACGAUGGAUUGGCUUGAUGUGUCUAUUAUUCAAGUCUUUAUAGUGUAUGCUCAUCAGCUAUGCAAGGACUUUGAAGUCAACUCAAUUGGGUUUAUGUGUCCAACGCAAUUUGCGAAAGGAAAUGUUGACUUAAAUGAGGAUGCUGUUACAACAUACAUUGGGAAUACCAUGGUUACGCUGAAAGACAAGACAUUUAUCUUAGCACCAUACCAUCAAGCGAAUCAUUGGUUACUACUCGUGCGUCAUGCAAGUUCAAGAAUCGUAUACGUAUUAGAUCCAUUGAAUUGUAGGCGCAAAAUUGAAGUCAAACAAGCCGUGAAUAUGGCUUUUCGAACCUCUGCAAUUCAACGAGGGCAAAGGAUUAUGGGUAAUGCUAAUUGGAAAUAUGUGAAGUGUCCUCAACAACCCGGUAGUGAUGAAUAUGGAUACUACGUUAUGAGGUUCAUUUAUGAUAUAUGCACAAAAUUUCAUAACUACACUUCGUUGGAUGAGGCAUAUCAAGACACAAAUGCUUAUUCUAAGGAUGAAAUAGAUGAGAUACGAAGGUUAUGGAUAGACUAUUUUGUAAAUGAGUGCAUAUAA